UUAGCCUUUCUGUCUUUGUUAUGGUUAUUCGUACAGUGCCAGUGGCGAAGGACAGGAGAGAGUGUGCUAAGCUCAUCGUUUGUUUCAUUUGCUCGCUGCGUAAAUCUUUGGGCAAUUUACCUUGAGACCAGUUUCCUCGUGCUGCUUAUAAAUAAAGGUGACGUCACACACAAGGCGAGAAGGGAUUAAGAAUUUUUGGGACUAGCAGUCGGCCAUUGUGUCCUCUCUUAUUAGUUGUGGCGAAAAUAAUUUCACAAAUCAAUCGAGUCUAACCUGAAAAGAAGGGGACCUACUCUUAUUUCGAGGGGGAAACCCAGACUGAAGUUUUCCGCGAGGUGGUCGAUUUUGGAGUGCAAACAAAAAUGUCCUCGCCCAGUGCUGGAAAACGUCGAAUGGACACUGAUGUCAUUAAAUUGAUUGAAAGCAAAUAUGAGGUCACUAUCCUUGGAGGACUUAAUGAAUUUGCUGUCAAGUUUUAUGGUCCAAGGGGAACACCUUAUGAAGGGGGGAUUUGGAAAGUCCGAGUACACUUGCCAGAGCACUAUCCGUUCAAAUCACCAUCUAUUGGAUUCAUGAACAAGGUUUACCACCCAAACAUUGACGAGGUCUCAGGAACAGUCUGUCUCGAUGUCAUCAACCAAGCUUGGACAGCUUUAUAUGAUUUGUCCAAUAUCUUUGAGUCUUUUUUGCCACAGCUUCUCACAUACCCAAAUCCAAUUGAUCCAUUGAAUGGCGAUGCAGCAGCCAUGUAUCUUCACAAACCCGAAGAGUACAAGAAAAAAGUGCAGGACUAUGUGAAAAAAUUUGCAACUGAAGAGGCUUUAAGAGAGCAGGAAGCCCAAGAAGCCGCUCACCUGUCGUCAGAUUCGGAAUCUUCCAUGUCGGACUUCAGUGAGGACGAAGCUCAGGACAUGGAGUUAUGAGACUUUUUCGUUGUUUUUACAUGAAAAAUUUCGUCGUUUAUUACGUUUUCUCCCCCUCUUCUUCUAUCUCUCAUUGAAGUGGCUAACAUUUUUUUUUCUUUUUUUCCAUUCAUUCAUCGUUGAACGGAAGAAAGGUUUCAUCGUACAAAAUUUCAUCCCGAUAAUGGGCUAUAUUAUAUUAAUGAUUGCGAUAAAUCACCCACCACCUCUGGCACCUCUCUCUCUCUCUCUUUGCUCGUUUGUUAUGGCAACAAAACUUUGCAUCCUAAUUAUUCUCGGGAUGUUUCAAAUCCUUUUGAAAAAAUUUCUGUAUUAGAAAAAAAUAACAAAAAUAAUUGCCAAAACCAAUUUUUUCCUCCCUCCGCUCUUUUCCCGAUUUUUUUAAAAAGAAGCAGAAAAAAUUUCAUUUUCAUUCAAAAAGUGGAGAUGCCUUGGGCAGUCAGAGAAUAAAUGUUUUAGAGUGAGA